CGUGAGGACCUGCAUGCAUGCCCUGCGCCCAUGCCCCUGGACCAUCCCGGUCCAUGGGACAGGGUGUGUGCGAAGUGCGGGCGGCGCUUACUCGGCGACGGGCAGCGCUGCCUGCAGGCGGUCGUACCAUGGGGGGGCUCACGUGCUCACCAAGUCCAAGUGUGCAACCACUGCGGGACGGUGUGGGGACGUGACGUCAACUCUGCAACCAACAUCUGGCACGCGCUGCUGGAGAUGCUGCUGGGCCACAAGCGACCUGCAUCGCGGCAGACUGGCGGCGCCGGCGGCGGCAGCAGCGGGGGCGCGUGCGCGCAUUAUAUUGGUAGCGGAGGGGGCGGGAAAGGCCACGUGGAGGAGGAGAGCGCAGCGGCGCCCAAGAAGCGGCGCAAGCGCGCAAUGGUGUCUAGGUAGCGGUCCGCGGUGGGGCUGCAUAGCGGCAUCAAAGUAGUGCGGCUGUUGACAACUGUGUUACGUCUGGCUGCGGUUAACUCUGCUGUGGCAUCGCGAUUGCUAGGCACCUGGUGACCUGGUUUGGCUAUGUGCCUGUGGAAACCGACCCCGGCUAUGUCCGGGCGAUGAGGUUGUUCGGCCUCAGACUGUGGAGGAGCUCAGCCCCUGUUCCCGUGACCGGGGAACACUUGUUGUGCAGCGUCUUCCCAUUCAGGUUCAUGGCCGCAACACAGGCAACCCCCAAUACCUGUUCUCGUAGCUCACAAGCACAGAUUUACACAGUUGGAAGUUGGUCGGUUCUGACAGGUGAUAAAGUGAUCAACGAAA